UGGUGGCACCAGGCCGUGAGCUUAGUGACGGGUGUGCUCUGCCUGGGUAUGCCUGAGGCCACCGGGGUAAUCAAUUGACCAGAGAGGUGCCUCUGUUCACACCAGGGUCAGCCAAGGAGGAGAUGGAGCCCCAGAAGCCAUUAAAUCCUGACUGCUUUGUGGCCACCGAGCAGCAGCAACCACAGGAUGGUUUGGAAGAAGCUGCCAGCACCAGAGAUGUGGCAACCCCCAAGAAGUCCUCCACACCAAGCAGGACCUCUACGUCCAGUAGAGCCUCCAAAUCCAGCAGGACCUCUACAUCCAGCAGGAUUUCUGUAUCCAGCAGAGCCUCCACAUCCAGUAGGAUUUCUGUGUCCAGCAGAGCCUCCACAUCCAGCAGGACCUCCAGAGCUAGCAGGAUCUCCAGGAAGUCAACCCAGCAGUGCAUGAUCCUGAUGGCUGAGACAUACCCACCCAGGCAGGAGGUGCGCAGGACAGGCGUGCCAAAAGUGGAUAAAGCAAUUCAGACCCCUCACUCCUUUGAUGCAUCACUCAACAAACGGCACACUCGGCUCAAGAAGAAAACUAAAAGAAAAGAUGUGAUCAGCAACCAGAAUCAGCUGCGAGCCUCAAGGGACAGCAGUACCAUGGAGAUCUUCCCCCAGGCAGUGGAGAACAGAACUCCCAGCCUCCCUAAGGUCACAUCCCAGCACAGGAAAAGCAAGGUCAUAUCCAACACAUGUGUGGAUCCUGAUGAGGAAGGGUGGGAGGACCAGGAUGUGCUGGAGGUGGAAGGGGAUGAGGCUGAUGUCCACAGUCCAGGCACUGACAUGGAGAACAGCCAGGGGAUUUGCCCUGCAAAGGAGACUCAGGAGGGGCUGAAACACACUCAGGCUCACAGUGAGCAUGGAGGCACUGCCCUAACCCAGACACGGUAUCAGGCUGAUGUCCACAAUCCAGGCACUGCCAUGGAGGACAGCCAGGGGAUUUGCCCUGCAGAGAAGGAGACUCAGGAGGGGCUAAAACACACUCAGGCUCACAGUGAGCAUGGAGGCACUGCCCUAACCCAGACAUUAGGCAAAGAGGUGAAACGGAUCCCACAUCUGGAGGCUGGUGGAAGCUUUCACAAGGAAGGCAAGCAGGUUGAUGAAGGAGAGCUGAAGUCUCACCCAGCCCCUAUAGGGAUGCAUUUAGUGGACGUUGAUCGCCAGCAGGCACUGAGGGAUGUGUCUGUGGAAGGGGAUGCAGCCAACAGUCAGGAUCCCAACUCCAGUGUGGGCACUGGGGAGGUCAUCUUAUACAAAGAGGAGCUGCAGCAGAUCGCCAGACACGCUGCAGGUGGCAGAGUCUUCAGGGAUAGUCAGGACGCUGACCCUGCAAAGGAGCUGGAUCCUGCUGCUGUGAAUGCAUCUCUUGUAGGAGAUGAGGAAAACAUUCAAGACCUUGAGUCCAUCCUGGAUCCCACAGCCAGCAAAGUUCACCCGAGCAGCCAGGGGAUACACGAAGCCUUGAGACAUGUGGAAGCUGUGAAGAGGAAUCUGAGUAAAUCCACAAAGGCGGCGAAGAAGGUCCAGCAAACACCCCUGGGAGAAGAGGACAAGGAUGAUGUCAGUAGUGAGGGUUCCAUCCUGGCUGCCCUGAACAUCCACUCAGCCCUGGAGGAGCUGAACGAGGCACAAAUGGAUGAGAAAGCUGCUCUUGCUCCUGGCCAUGUUCCCCAAACCCAUGUAGGAAAGAAGCUUCCACGAAAGAAGAAAGUGUUAAAUCCCCUUGAGAUAGAUACAGCCAUUGAACUCCCAGAGACUCCUCAGACAAGAGUUGAGAGUGAAACAGUGAAGAACAUGACAAAGCAACAACAGAAAGAUUCUCCAGCUCUCCUACACCAGCCAUUUAGAGGUAGAUGCAUUGACACUGGCAGCAAGGAACAACCUCCUCAAAUCCCUGUUGAUUAUAGUUCAUUGUUUCCAAAAGAACAUAAGACAGACCUGGAUGGCAAUAUUAACCUUCAGCACCUGGAAGUGCUUGCUAAGCAACUGGGGAUUAGCUUUGAUGGGCAAGAGACACAAAAGAAGCUGGUGUGUGCAGAUGCCGAUGGAGACAAAGCAAUGAAUUACUCUGACUUUCUGACCGCCAUUACUGACCAGAAUUGUUUUAUCCAGACAGUAUUCCCUGACCAAAAUGACUCAGACAAUGUCAAUCACGUCGAUGCCAGAGAAGUCCUCCUCCUCAAAGUCUUGCUGAAGCUGGUGGAGUUGGAAGCUCUGCCCCCGAGAACUCUAUUUCAGAUUUCCAGUUACUAUAAGCAGAAGUUUGAGGACUGCGCUGGUGAGGAAGCCUGGACACAUGCUGAUUUCCUCGUGAGUCACAAAAAGAACAACAACAAAAACACUAAAGUUCUGGUUUGUCCUUUACCCCUUGCAAAUCUUGCCCGCAUCACAAUGAUGAAGGAAAAAGAGGCAACAGCUUAUUUGGAACAACUCAAAGAUCACAUGCCUGAUCCAAACAGCCCCUAUGCUGAGGUACCCGUCUUCCCACUGAUUUCUAAACAAGAUGCAAACACACUGGUGAAGCCAAAAAAAGAUAUGCAAAAGCAGACGAUGCAAAGAAAGAAACAGCCAGUCGCUUCAAAGGCUGCAGCCAAGGCUUCUGCUCAGAACAGCAAGAAGAAAUGCUCCUCUGGUAACAACUCAGAGCACCCAAACAAGCAGCGUCGGCCACCAAGAGCCAGUGACCCACAGGCGGCCCAACGCUACAGGAACAACCUGGUCCUCCGCAAGCACGCCAGCCUGCUCAAGCUGUGGCAGAAGAUCCACGGGGCUCAGAUCGGCCGGCAGUCGGGCAGCAGGCGUUUCUACCACACCUUCUCCACUUAUUCCUGGUCCUGGAAUGCGUGUCGAGAGCUGGUGACAGCUGAGGAGCUACAGGCACAUGACUGGUAUUGCCGCUUCCUGCCAGCCACCAGGCAGCCACCGUGGAAGAAGUGGAUGUUUUAAGGCACCAGCUGGAUGCUGGAUGGGGUUUGUUUGGACCAGACUUGCUAUCACCCUUCCUCCUGGCGUUCGAAAUGUUAAAUAAAAGCUGGGAAAGGUG